AUCUUUCCCUACAGAUCGCUUCUCCUCCCUGCGUGAGACAGGGACACACAGAGCCAAAGGAUGGGCAUUUCCCGUCAAAUGAGAAAUGAACCGAAUGAGAAAGAGUGCGUUGAAGGACUGUCUUUGAGGAAGAGGCGAGAGAGUUCUGCUUUGAGGCCCGAGUCGUCUGUCAGCAUGAACUCGUUUCCUGAAGGCUCUUUGAUUCCAGACUACAGUGAACCAGAGCUUCCGCUCAGCCAUGGGAAGAAGUACCAGGCCAGCAUGAAGACCCUGAUUCCUUUCCGCUUCACCUCAAGCAGCUCGAACCCUAUGGACGAUGCCGGAUUCUUCUCCUUCACCUCGUUCUCAUGGAUGACGCCCAUGAUGUGGAAGUUGUUCAGGAAUCGUCUGGACACAAGCUCUCUGAAUCUUUCUCCUCAUGAUGGAGCGCACAAAAAUGGAGAGAGGUUCUUAAGGAUGUGGGAGGACGAGGUGUCACGUGUGGGCAUCGAGAAAGCGUCCCUCGGCUCAGUAGUGAUACGUUUCCAGAGGACUCGCCUUAUAGUGUCUUGCAUCGUCGCUGUUUUGUUUACAUUAUCUGUGUUUAUUGGACCGUCUAUUCUGGUGCACGAGAUCCUGACGUACGUGGAGAAGUCAGACAGAUCCGCGCUGGUGCACGGCGUUGGCCUGUGUGUGGCGCUGUUCAUCUCGGAGUUCAGUAAAGCUUUCUUCGCGUCGCUCCUCUGGGCCGUGAACCUGCGCACCGCCAUCCGAAUGAAAGGAGCCUUCAGCAUGCUCGCCUUCCAGAAAAUCAUCACGCUCCGAACACUCAGCGACGUCACUGUCGGAGAGAUGAUCAACAUAUUAACGAGUGACGGCUAUCGUAUAUUCGAGGCAGUGCUUUUUGGUACAUUUCUACUGUGUAUCCCCAUGUUGCUCAUCGUGUGUAUUAUUUAUUCAUGCUACAUCUUGGGCUACACUGCACUCAUAGGAAUCAUGACUUACCUCAUCUUUAUACCUAUCCAGUUCUUCAUCGGCCUGCUGAUCAGAGUGUUUCGGAAAAAGGCCAUCUCUGUGACAGACAAGCGCGUUCGCACCAUGAACGAAGUCCUGACCUGCAUCAAACUCAUCAAGAUGUACGCAUGGGAGGAGUCUUUUGAAAAGAAAAUCACAGAUAUCCGGAAGCAAGAGAAGUUGCUUUUGGAGAAAGCGGGAUACACUCAGAGUGUGAACGCCUCCUUAACAGCUAUAGUUCCCUCUCUGGCCACGAUCCUGACCUUCAUCGCUCACACAGCACUCCGCCUGUCUCUGCAGCCCUCCACCGCGUUCACCAUCAUCGCUGUGUUCAACUCGAUGCGGAUGACGAUGGGUCUGCUGCCGUUCUCUGUAAAAGCACUGGCCGAAGCGAAAGUCUCUCUGACGCGAUUAAAGAGGAUCCUGAUGAUAAAGAAUCCCGACCCAUAUCUGAUCCAGAACAAAGACUUGAGUGCCGCUCUAGCGAUGGACAAAGCUUCGUUCUCAUGGAGUUCCUCUGCUCCAAACGGCCCUGAGAGCCCAGUGACUGUGGGCAACGGGGUGAAGAAGGGUAAAGCUGAGCCUGCGGAGGUCACUCGGAACGGCACACGCACACAGAACACCAAACCGACGCUAAGGAACAUCACGUUUACCCUUCCCAAGGGAAAUUUGCUUGGCGUUUGUGGCAACGUUGGAAGUGGAAAAACCUCGCUGAUAUCAAGCAUACUCGAGCAGAUGCAUCUUCAGAGUGGAUCGGUCUCGGCAAAUGGGACGUUAGCCUAUGUUUCCCAGCAAGCCUGGAUCUUUCAUGGAACUGUACGAGAUAAUAUUUUAAUGGGAGAACCUUUCGACCAAGCGAGGUAUAACCGUGCUAUCCACGCCUGCUCUCUGAAGCCAGAUCUGGCUAUUCUCCCGUACGGUGACCAGACAGAGAUCGGAGAGCGCGGUCUGAACUUAUCAGGUGGUCAGAAACAGAGAGUCAGCCUAGCAAGAGCGGUCUAUUCCAACCGAGACAUCUUCCUACUGGACGACCCUUUGUCAGCAGUCGACGCCCACGUGGGCAAGCACAUCUUUGAAGAGUGCAUCAAAAAAGAGCUGAAGGGCAAGACCAUGAUCCUGGUCACACAUCAGCUUCAGUAUUUGGAGUUCUGUGACGAAGUCUUGCUUUUAGAGAAUGGGAAGAUUAAGGAAGCUGGAACGCACAGAGCUCUGAUGAAAGCGCAGGGUCGAUACGCACAUCUCAUUAACAACUACCAGCUGGAACAGAGCAACGAGAAAAAGGAGGAAGCCCCAGUGAGCCCGUCUGAGUCCGGCGAGCACGGCAAGCAAAGCAGAGAACGGUCCACAAGCGGCGGAAUUGUAAACGCAGCCUUCAACAUGUCUGAUGAGAGCGUUAAACCAGAUGACUCGGCACCCGACACUCAGGAAACAAAAGAGGGUAAAGACGAGCUCGUCAAAAAGGAGGUGUCUCAGGAAGGAUCCGUUACUUUCAGAACCUACGACCGAUACUGCCGUGCGGCUGGAGGUUACAUUCUGUUGUUUUUUGUCAUGAUAUUCUUCGUCCUGCUGGUGGGAACGACUGCCUUCGGCAACUGGUGGCUCAGUUACUGGCUAAGUCAAGGCUCUGGGAAUUCAUCAGAUCCCGACCCCGGUAACAUCUCCAAAAAUCCCGAUCUGGACUUCUAUCAGAUGAUAUACGGCUUGACAGUAGUGGCCAUGGUGGUGCUGAGCGCCCUGAAGGGUUACACUUUCACUAAAGUGACGCUGCACGCCUCGUCUAAACUCCACGACACCAUGUUCAGGAGGAUCCUGGCCAGUCCAAUGAGCUUCUUCGACACGACUCCUACCGGCCGUAUGGUGAAUCGGUUCAGCAAAGAUCAGGACGAGAUCGACGCCGUCCUGCCGUUCAACAUGGAGAACUUCCUGCAGUUCUGCCUCAUGGUCACCAGCACCGUCUUGACCGUGUGCAUCGUCUUUCCCUUCCUCCUCAUCGCCGUGGUUGCACUGGGCGCCAUCUUUACUGUCAUCCUCUACAUCUUCCAGAGGAGCAUUCGUGAGAUGAAGCGGCUGGAGAACGUGAGUCGUUCUCCCUGCAUCUCUCUCACUACCUCCGUCAUCCAGGGCCUCAGCACCAUCCACGCUUAUGACAAAAGCACACAGUACACAGAAAAGUUUAAACUGUUGAACGACCGUAACUCCAAUCACUUCCUGUUGUUUAACUGCGGAACACGUUGGCUGUCCUUCUGGCUGGACUUCCUGUCCGCCUCGGUUACUCUGAUUGUGGCGCUGUUUGUAGUGCUCAGCGACAACGACGCGAUCAAUCCUUCACUCAAGGGUCUGGCCCUAUCGUAUACCAUACAGUUGACAGGCAUGCUCCAGUACGUCGUGAGGCUCUCUACGGAAGUGGAGGCGAAGUUUACGUCAGUGGAGAGACUGCAGGAGUACAUCACGGGCUGCGUGUCCGAAGCGCCGCGCAGAGUGAAAGGCGUCAGCGUGCCAUCCGGCUGGCCACAGGAGGGCGCGAUCACCUUUAAGAACUACAGCAUGAAGUACAGAGAGAACACACCCAUAGUGCUCGAUCAGCUCGACCUCACAAUCAACCCCCGAGAGAAACUCGGCAUAGUGGGGCGCACCGGCUCAGGUAAAUCUUCACUGGGCGUGGCUCUGUUUCGCUUGGUUGAGCCAGCAGAGGGCACUAUUCUGAUCGACAGCUUGGAUAUCUGCACUUUGGGCCUGCAGGACCUUCGCAGUCAGCUGUCCGUCAUCCCACAGGACCCGGUCCUCUUCAUCGGCACUGUCAGGUAUAACCUCGACCCAUUUAAUAAUCACACGGAUGAGGAGAUCUGGAUGGCUCUGGAGAAAACGUACAUGAAAAAUGCAAUCUCUAGCUUGCCACAGAAGCUGGACUCGGCGGUCGUGGAGAACGGCGAGAACUUUUCUGUAGGAGAGAGACAGCUCCUGUGCAUGGCCAGAGCACUGCUUCGCAAUUCGAAAAUCAUUCUGCUGGACGAAGCGACGGCGUCUAUAGACGCCGAGACAGACGGUCUGAUCCAGCACACCAUCAGAGACGUCUUCCAGCACUGCACCAUGCUCACUAUAGCACACCGCAUCAACACCGUGCUCGAGUGUGACCGCAUCCUCGUCAUGGACAAGGGCCAGGUUGUUGAAUUCGAUCGGCCGCAGGAUCUCAUGCAAAAACCAGACUCUGCCUUUGCGUCACUCUUAGCAGCAGCCCAUAGCGUCAACUCCUGAAACACACACACACACACACUGAUCUGCACAGAUUUCCCGUGGUCUGCUCAUCAUUAACUCGGUCAGGAGUCAGCUUUACACACUCUGUUUAUACAUAAACCCUCAGCAGAUGGGAAUGAGACAAUCACAGUUUCUGAUGAUCAGAAACAGUUCAAUACGUUUAAAGAUGUACUAAAUAAACUCCUCUGCUCCUAUAUGCUCAACAUAAUAGAUAUAUACUCAAUCAAACCACACCUAUGCUUCGGUCACCUGAUCUCCCAUCACACCUUAACAGUUUGAUUUUCACGUUAUUUAUUUGGCAUCAUUUUGUAUAAAACGAAUGCCUUUUCCCAAGAGUUGCAUCUCACGAAGCUGUUUCCGAAUCAGACUCGCUCCUGAUAUGAUCUUUCGCCAUUCCAUCAGUUCUCAUAGGACUAAUGUUGAUGUGUAUUCAAAAUAUUUAUAGAUUUUCUAUGUAUACAUAUGUAUAUAUUUCUGUGUGUAUUUCUAUGCGAGUGGAUUGUACUCUGAACUACUCUGAAAGGCAAAAAUGUUGAUAAUUGUCACGUUUUUUGUAUGCAUAUAUUUUUACAGUCUAAUAAAUGUAAAGGAUUUGAAUAAAGCACAAAGGUUUCUCUCGUGUUUAUAGUA